CCACAAAACUUGCAAUUUUUCCCACUACCUUAAACUUCAUAUAUUCUGUAAAUAAUAACCAUUCUUCUCAGUUGAUUUAUUUUUCCCUUCAAGUCGCCGCGUUUUACUUAUUUUUCCGAAAAGGUACAAUAUAUCUCUUGUAGAGCCAUGAGAAUUCCGAUGAUGUCCGUAGCGUGCAAACAAGUCCAACCGUUAGUGAGCUUCCAAGGGGGUGGAUUCCAAGCGGAGCUCAACAUGGAGGCCUUCUUCCGCCGGAAAGACAAGGUGGUUUUCGUGAUCGGGCCGACGGGCACCGGCAAAUCCCGCCUCGCCAUCGACCUCGCCACGCGGUUCCCGUCCGAGAUCAUCAAUUCCGACAAAAUGCAAGUCUAUAAGGGCCUCGAAAUCGCCACCAACAAGGUCACCGACGAAGAGUGCCGCGGCGUCCCCCACCACCUCCUCGGCAUCGCCGAACCCCAUUCCAAUUUCUCCGCCGCAGAUUUCUGCCUCCACGCCUCCUCCGCCAUCAAGUCCAUCCUUGACCGCGGCAAGCUCCCGAUAAUCGCGGGGGGUUCCAAUUCCUACAUCGACGCCCUCCUGAACGACCACGACCAUGACCACGACCACGACCAACGCUCGCAGUUCCGCCGACAGUACGAGUGUUGCUUUCUUUGGGUGGAUGUUUCAUUACCAGUCCUCAACGCCUUCGUGUCGGAGCGGGUCGACCGGAUGGUGGCUGCCGGUCUCAUCGACGAGGUGAGGAGAAUGUUUGAUCCGGCGGCCGAUUACUCGCGGGGGAUCCGCCGAGCGAUCGGCGUACCCGAAUUAGACGAAUUAUUCGGCGCGGAGGCCAGAGGAGCGAGUAAGAAGACCAGAGAUAGGCUUCUCCAAUUGGCAAUUGAGAAGAUCAAGGUGAAUACUUGCUUAUUAGCCCGCCGGCAAUUGCAAAAGAUUCACCGCCUCCAUCCGCAAUGGUGCUGGAACGUCCACCGCCUCGACGCCACGGAGGCGUUCCUAAAGCGCCACCGCCACCAAGACGCCGACGAAGCUUGGGAGAAGCUCGUUGCCGAGCCGGCGAACAUGAUCGUCGGCGAAUUCCACUACGGAGAAGAAAUCGCCGCCAUGGUACCGUCCACCACAACCGCUGGUGCCUGUGCCGGUCCGGUUCUGUCAUCACCGGUGUCGAUCGCCGCCGUGGCAGGUGCCACGCGCUAGAGAGAGACAGUGGGGUUUGCGAAAGGAGGGACCGGGAUUGGCCCCACAGAAUCUAGU